CUGGGAUCAGUAAAGCAGCCUAUGUGCGUCAAGUUCAACAUUGUAUUUCCUUCCAUAAAACACACCAAUGUUUUUUGUACCCGGCCCAGUGGAUGACUUAUUUUGGCCACCAGGUCUGGUUCAACUGUGGAAGAAGGAGAGGAAGGGCAGCGGCGAAGGGUUGAGAUCCAAGGAGGCAGUUGCGAAGUCGCCGAUAGCUGAGAUCGGGGAGGCAGUUGGCCGAGACAAAGGAUUGGAAGCCACAAACAAAGGCCACGAGCAAGCAGCAGGUUCACGAUAUCUGGCCGAGAUCAGGCAAGGAAAGGCUGGCGGUGGUGACUGGUGCGUGGUGCUGGCGGUGUUGUUCUUCUCUUCCCCUGCUUUCUUUUGUUUCUAAUUUCUAUUGGGUUUGCUUUUGCAAUUUGCAGUGAAAUAGCAAAUAGGAAGACCUAAUCCUCUGAGAGUUUUGUUUUUUUAAUUGAUUUGCGAUUUUAAUUUCUAAUUAAAGUUAAUGGCGUGG